AUGGUAUAUGACGUGGAGUCUCUACAUUCUGAUGAGUUGUUCAGACAUCCAGUGAUCGACGGCGUAAGGUUUUUCACAAUAUGUUGUUUGGAUUGUUCGGUAUCGGAAUGCAUAAAAGUUGGGCAGAAAUGGAUGGAUAAUGAUGUGGAGAUUGGAUCGAGAAUUGAAACAAUUAAUGAUCAGUAUCAACAGAUUGACGAUUACAUCGAAGCGGUGAAGGCUCAAGGAUGGAAAAUAGUUAAUAUCGCCGGAAAAACACUUCAAAUUGAGACAAAAAACCGAAAGAAGCAUCUUCUUCUAAGAGUUCUGCAGGACACCGAAAUACGUAUCCAAUAUAAGGAAGGCACGAUUAUUUUUAUCGUUGUCCCAGCUGACAUUCAACAGAAUGAUUAUGAAAAAUAUGUUGGCAGCUGA